AUGGCGGACACCGCGAGAUCCACGGGCACAGUCAAGUGGUUCAGCGCGCAGAAGGGGUUCGGCUUCAUCGCCCCCGACGACGGCACCGAAGAUCUCUUCGUCCACCAGACCUCGAUCCAAUCCGACGGCUUCCGGACCCUCUCGGAGGGCCAGCCCGUUGACUUCCUUGUCGAAUUAGGCGAAGACGGACGCACCAAAGCCGUCGACGUCGUCGCCUCUAUCGCCCGAUCCCGAGGUCCCGGCUUUGACCGUGGCCGUGGACGCGGCCGUUUUGGCUGGAGGGGUGGCGGUUAUGGCGGGAGAGGGGUAGGCAAUGGAGGCGGCGGGCGUGGUGGUUAUGGAAGGUUCGGUGGAGGGUAUGAUGUCGGGAGAGGCGGCGGGAGGGGUGGCGGUUAUAGUGGUGGUUACGGCGGUGGUCGUGGCGGUGGCGAGUGCUACAAUUGCGGCGGAUUUGGGCAUUUGGCUAGGGACUGUAUUCAGGACGGCGGCGGUGGUGGCGGUGUUGGAAGAUUUGGUGGCGGUGGUCGAGGAUACGGUAGCCGUGGAGGCGGUGGUGGCCGUGGGUGUUAUAAUUGCGGAGAGGAAGGGCAUUUGGCAAGGGAAUGUCCUAAUGAUCAGAAGUGA